AUGUCAACCCCAUCUUGUUUUCUUCUUCUCCUUCUAUGCCUUUCUCUGCAAGUGUGCAGUGCUCGUCGUCUUGUUGUAGUUGUCAGUAAGCAUCAUAAGAUCGAUAAUAUACUUCACUUCUCCAUCAAGAAUGAUAUGAAGAACGAUCGAAAGAACAACUCAGUUCCAGUAUUACAGGCGAAAUCGUCUUCUUCCAAGGAACUCCGAUCCAUGAAAGAAGAAAGCAUCGAGGAAUCUCAUGGAUAUAAUGUCACUCAAAAGCUGGAAGAUGCUAAGGUGAAGAACCAAAAGACAAUAGUCGAAAAUGAGAAGAAAAAAAAUCCAAGUGUUGCAGUUUCUUGGCGCGUGCCUCACAAGAAACAUGGCGAAAAAAAUCCAGGUUUUAACUUGGAUUACUCACCACCAAAGACACAUCCUCCUCAUCACAACUGA